AGCUCCAGCGCGCAUGCUCCGCCGACCGGCCGAGCCGCGGCGCCCCGGAGCCGGCGCUGGCGGCUGUGGCGGCGGUGGAGGAAGUUUCCGCUUUGCGCUCCACCCCGGUAGCAGCUUCUCUGCAGGGACAGCUUCCUCCGGACGCUCGGUGGGCUUCGCUGCCUCCCCAGGUCAACCCAGACGGAUCAUGGGGUUGCCCAAGGGGCAGGAGGGCCAGGGUGUCCCUGAGGUAGAAACAAGAGAAGAUGAAGAACAAAAUGUCAAGUUGACUGAAAUUCUGGAACUCUUGGUUGCAGCUGGGUAUUUCAGGGCAAGAAUUAAAGGCUUGUCACCUUUUGACAAGGUAGUAGGAGGAAUGACUUGGUGUAUCACCACUUGUACCUUUGAUAUAGACAUUGAUUUGCUCUUUCAGGAAAACUCUACAAUAGGUCAAAAAAUAGCUCUAUCAGAAAAGAUUGUCUCAGUCCUUCCAAGGAUGAAAUGUCCACAUCAGCUGGAACCCCAUCAGAUCCAAGGGAUGGAUUUUAUUCACAUAUUUCCUGUUGUGCAGUGGCUGGUGAAACGAGCUAUAGAAACAAAAGAAGAAAUGGGUGACUACAUCCGUUCCUACUCUAUAUCCCAAUUCCAGAAAACCUACAGUCUCCCUGAGGAUGAUGACUUCAUAAAGAGAAAAGAUAAGGCCAUCAAGACGGUGGCCAACCUCUCAGAUGUUUACAAGCCACGUCGGAAGUACAAACGCCAACAGGGGGCAGAGGAGCUGCUUGAUGAAGAGUCUCGAAUCCAUGCGACACUUUUAGAAUAUGGCAGGAGAUACGGAUUUAGCCGGCAGAACAAAACAGAGAAGCCUGAGGACAAGAAAACACCACUUCCUGCAGGGCUGUCAGCUACAGAAAAAGCAGAUGUCCAUGAGGAAGAUGAGCUUCAAGCAGCUGAAGAGCAGCGUAUUCAGUCACUGAUGACCAAGAUGACCGCCAUGGCAAAUGAGGAGAGCCGUCUCACCGCAAGCUCCGUGGGCCAGAUCGUCGGCCUCUGCUCUGCUGAGAUCAAACAGAUUGUGUCUGAGUAUGCAGAGAAGCAGUCUGAGCUGUCUGCUGAAGAAAGUCCAGAAAAAUUAGGAACCUCCCAGCUACAUCGUCGGAAAAUUAUUUCCUUGAACAAGCAGAUUCUACAGAAGACCAAACAUCUGGAAGAGCUGCAAGCAAAUCAUACCAACCUUCAAGCCAGAUAUAACGAAACAAAGAAAACAUUAACAGAGCUGAAGAGUCAUAGUGAGAAACUGGACAAAGAGCAAGCAGCCCUUGAGAAGAUAGAAUCCAAAGCAGAUCCAAGUAUUCUGCAGAACUUGAGAGCACUUGUAGCCAUGAAUGAAAAUCUGAAAAGUCAGGAACAGGAGUUUAAAGCACAUUGCCGAGAGGAGAUGACACGGUUGCAACAGGAAAUUGAAAACCUGAAAGCUGAGAGAACACCAGAUGAAAAGACUCUCUCCAACGGAGGGUCGGAUGGUGUGCUAACCUCUGUGAUGACUCACAAUGAAGACCUAGACAGGCGGUAUAAUAUGGAGAAAGAGAAACUUUACAAGAUCCGUUUACUACAGGCUCGAAGAAAUCGAGAAAUAGCAAUUUUGCAUCGCAAGAUUGAUGAAGUGCCCAGCCGAGCUGAGUUAAUACAGUAUCAGAAGAGAUUCAUUGAACUCUACCGCCAGAUUUCAGCAGUACACAAAGAAACCAAGCAGUUCUUCACUUUAUAUAAUACCCUGGAUGACAAAAAGGUUUAUUUGGAAAAAGAGAUUAGUCUACUCAAUUCAAUUCAUGAGAACUUCUCACAAGCCAUGGCCUCUUCUGCUGCCCGGGAUCAGUUUUUACGUCAGAUGGAACAGAUCGUAGAAGGAAUUAAGCAAAGUAGGAUGAAGAUGGAGAAGAAGAAGCAAGAGAACAAAAUGAGAAGAGACCAGUUGAACGACCAGUACUUGGAAUUGCUAGAAAAGCAGAGACUAUACUUUAAGACUGUGAAAGAGUUCAAAGAGGAGGGCCGCAAGAAUGAGCUACUGCUGUCCAAGGUGAAAGCAAAGGCUUCCUGAUCAUUCCCAGCCAUUUUUGUAUGUCACUGAAUUUUUUUUAAAUAUUGUGUAUCAACUACAAGACAUGGAAUGGUUCUGAAAGCAACAGUAGAGGGGUGCAGGUGCAUUAAUUUCAACUCCUUGGAUGUUUUCUGUCUUCCAUUUGCUACCAUUUCAUCUCUGCUAGCUGUUGAUGGAAUCAGAAAAUGUAAACACUGGCUUGGAUAACACCCUACUAUACUGUGAGGAAAAGAGGGGAGUACUUUUUCUCUAUGUCCACUCAACUUUUCUCUCUCCAGUAACAUUGCACUUUUGAAGGUACCUGUAUUUGUACAGACUCUGAAUAAAGAAUUCUUUUGUCUAGCAAAUAUUAAUGGAGCAACCGCUGAGAAAUAACACAGAGGGGGAUUCAUCAGAACGUAAAUCACACUUUUACUCAUUCAGCAAGUGGCCUAGGGAGCAGAUAUAGCCCACUGGACAAUAGAGCUUGGCCAUCCGAGGUUUGCUUUGUUUUGUUUCAGUAAACAGAAGGCUCUGGGUGAAUGGUAUGCCAAUGUGAGUGAUACUUUACCUGCCCUGGUGCCUUUUGUUCCUGGCUUCUGGAGGUACCAGCUAGCAGGCUUGAAUGACAUACAUAGUAACUCACAUCAAAGCUCAGUUUCAUUGGUUUAAUCCUUAUAUACUCCUUAGGUUCAUUUCACCAAAAAAAGUUGAAAAUAGGCCUCAUACUGAGGAUGUUUUAAAAACAAUUAAACCUUUCUGUGUCCUACUUGUCAUUUGAGUUACAGGCAACAUGUGGAUGGGCUUUCUAAUCCCUUUCUUGAAGGGAUUCAGUGUUCUACACUGCAGAGAAGCUCAUGGUCUGAUCAGGGAGAAAGACAUGCACCAUACUGCUGUCAGGGCGGGCACAUUGAAAGACAGUGCCAGGUACUGUGGUGUAGAAGUACAGAAGUCUUCAUGGAAGAGCAGCUAAUAUUUGGGUUAGAUCUGAAGAGGCGAUAGGAUGUUCUGCAGAGACAGGAAAUAGGUUUUGAUAAAGAUACACUGAUUGAAACUCAAGAGUUGUAGGACAGUAGAGAACAUUCAUAUUGGGAGAGGAGGGGAUGAUCUGGAGUGUGUAGGAAGCUGGAAAGACGAACUGGGAAGGCCUCAAAGUGUAGCUGAGGAGUUUUGUCCUUGUGAAUGAGUAGUCCAAGGAAAACACAGAGGUCCUGCCCUGGCUCUUAGGAAUCGGCAGUUCAGUCUUGGUCCCCGUACCCCACUGUGAGGUUUUACUGCAUUUUAUGUAAACCUGGCACACAUACACUCCCCAGUCAGCAGGAUUGGACUAUAACACAUAAGUUUGAACACAUUAGGCAGGUGGGACAUUCAGCACAGUCACAGAAACACUAUUUUUAGUUCCCUAAUGUAUGUGAUUAAGAAGGGCUAAAAGGUUCAGACUUACGAACAUCCCACUCUGCCUUAACACCACCAUUGUUUUCUGUGCCAAAGCCAGCAAGAUGCUAUGAGAGCAGCAGCAUCUGAGAUGGCACCUCCCUGUGCUGAGCAUUGCCUGGCCUUGUGCAUAUCCAUCUCUGCUGCCUGAGCCGUGUUCAUGUGGAAAUUCUGAAAAGGCUCAAUGAAAGUGAAAUUUUUUUUUUUUUUAAAGUGGCAUUUUGGAGGUAAGAGACAGCAGCAAUUUGACUGUGUUUACAAUUAUUGCAAUUUCAGAGAAACAUCUGUGUUAACCAUGUAAAGAAGCCUACAGAUCCCUCAUGCCUGGCUAACUAGACUUGGUGGGCAAUUGAGAGAUCACUUGAGUGUUUGUCCACAGGUCUUAGGCAAACAGGAACAGGUGAUACUCUGGAGUUACUAGAAUCUACCUGUCUAUAAUGGGGGAAAGUAUGGCAUGACUGAUCAAAGCAACUAAUAAUGCUUUUAAAAGUAGAACCCUUUAUUUUGGUAUAGAGAAGUAUUGACAGAUGCUUUGGCCCUUUUUUUGGUUUACAAGACCUAAUACAGAUGAUAAAUUAGUCUUCAUUGCUUGAGCAUACUUUGAAUUAGACUGCAGCCGCCAUUCUUGAGAAUUCCAUGGUUGCUGCCGACAGCCUGCAGCACGGACACUGGUGUGAGUGAUUAGGCAGACAGUGCAUUCAGGCCAGAAAGGCUAAAACAGUGCACUGAGGACCUUGGUCAUUUCAGUAGCCACUCAUGAUGGUAGGGGCAGGGGUCCUCCUAGGGCUGUAUCUCUCUCUGAGCCCAGAGAUGUCACAUCAUUGUAUUUUGCUGAACUCACAGGCUUUUCCAGGAGUAUAACAGAGAAAACAUCCUUAAGUUAUUGUUUAUGAAUGUGUGCUUCAGGAGAAAGCAGUUAUCAGAACACUGAGCCGCUAGUGAGGCUGGUUGCCUGGUGCCCUGCAUAUCUCCUUCUCACGUGCAUCUCAUAGAGUACACAAGGCUUCUUUGAUGUAAUCCAAAAAGCAACAUGUCUGUGGAGAUACCUGGGACAUUUGUCCUUGGCCUCUGUCCAGUCCCUGUAGAUACCAGGAUAGCCAGCAGCAUUAGAGGGAGGUACAUGUACCUUAUGUUAGAAAACAGUCACAGAGUCCCACAAGAGUGAGGAGUAUCCUUUCUUAUAACAGAGUAAAUUCCAAGUUUGUCAGACAUAAGCUUUUGUUGGAAUCUGACAUAUGCAUAGUUUUAACUAGGUUAUGGUUCAUAGCCCAUAUUUUGAGAUUAGCCAGGCCCUGUAGGCCCAAAUUAGGAGACAGGAGAACCAACUACAGGUUGGAGGUCUUUCCCUCCCUAGGCUGAAGAAAUAGUCCCUCAUAAAUAGUCCCACAGCCCCUGCAACCUCCUGACACACUGAGUAGGGGAUGGGGAAGGCCAUCAGACAGCACUUUACUGUCUGACAAGGUGCUGCUCUGUGACUUCGGUGUUGUCACGUUGGCAGGUCCUGAACACAUCUGUGUUGACUAAAGCCAACCUGGCUGAAAGAGCACUUGGAACAACCUAUGCCACCUAGAUUGCUGCUGCUCAGCAUGGUCUUGUCUUACCUGUCUUUCUAGUGACUAAUGAUCGUUUUAAGAGGGAAAUAGGCAUUCUAGCAAUAACUUUUAUUGAUUACUUUGGCUGAGUUCAGCAGUUCUUGUGAAGUACAUAUUGUUGGACUGAAACAUGCCUUGAGGUAGAACACAUUAAGGAAGUUCUUUAUUACUUAUUCAUGGCCAGUGUUGACCACAAGGUAAAAGAACAUAAUACAGAAUGUACAGUGAACAUCCCAAUAGGGUGGGUGCCAUCUAUUCCUGUGGUGGGGCAUUGCCAGGGGAAAUGCCUUGUUUUAUCCGCCUGCAGAAUCCCCCAUGCCCUCUCUUGUUCUUCUACACUCACUUUAGAGCAGACCUUUUCAUAGCACAUGGCAAUAGGCUGAAGUACUACAUAAAAGAAUAUCUUGCCUCUCUUCACAGUAAAUAUAUUGUGUAAGGUUAUUAAUAAGGAUUUAAUAGCUGAUCCACAGCAUAUUUGAAAACAUGGGGAAUUUUCAGAUUCCCCUGCAUCAGCCAGGGGGCCAAGCUCAGGUCUUCAGGCUGUUGGCCUACUGUUCCUUCUGCCUACAGCUUUCUCCUCCAAGAUCUUGGGCACUGGCCUUCCCUGACUCCCUAAUACACAUACAGACCCAUUUAUUGUUGGCCUUCCUCCAUGAUUUUGCUCUGCCCAUCUCCUGCUGUCUUUUUUUUUUAUUUUUUUGGGUUUUUUGGUUUUUCUCUGGUACCGGGAACCGAACUCAUGACCUUGCGCUUGCCAGGCAGGCGCUUUUGCCACUGAGCUAAAUCCCCAGCCCCCCUGCUGUCUGUCUUUAUAGCACAUACCACUGCUUAAAUGUCUGUUAGUCCUUUGCCAGGUCUGUUGCCUGGCUUGUCUUCUGGAAUGUAAAGACAGAAACACAAAACAAGGACCUUGCCUGUUUUGCCAUGCUCUGCCCAGCAUCUGGCUCGGGUGGAUGAUCAGGAAAUGUUGCUUGCAUAAAUUGUAGCUUUGCAUCCUUGUAUUAGCAAAAAUUAGAUUUAACCUUUCCUAUAAUUUUAUGCUUAGUUUGAAAUAGGUUGACUGUUCUGUUCAUCAGCCAGGGAACUGUCUCACUAUAUUUGUUAUUCUUUAACCUUGAAGGUUAGGAUGAAAAAAGGUCAGAAGUUUGAAACCUUUCAAAGGAAUUACCUUUAGUAGGUGUUUUUUUCUCCUAAGGUAUGAGGGAAAAAAGAGGAAUGGUGUACACUAAUGUCAGGUAAGAUUAUGGUAUGUUUUGGUUCCAAAUAUUCCAUGACUCUAAAGGUAGUUUGCCCGGCAGAAAAUGUCUCAGCCUCAUGAAACCAAGAAGUGAAAUGCUGUGGGAAGCAGCACUUGAACACGGCCUUGGCAGAAGUACAAAUUAUACAGCUCCUUGGACAACAUAUUUCACAAGUGCAUACACACAAUUUUUUGAACCAGCAGUGCUACAUCUAAGAAUUUUUCCUAUUUACAAGGAUUUUUAUUAAAGCAUUGUAAUAGCAAAAACUUGGAAACUACCACAAAUAUAGAGCAAUAGUGAAAUAAAUUAUGGCUAGUUCCCCUAAUGGGGGUAUUUUGUUUAUUAGAAGAACAGAGCUAAUCUGUGUGAACUACUAUGCAUGACUGGGGAGGGUGUGGCACGUGGUAUAGUAGUGUUUGGAAUGGAGGAAAGUGUGUGUGUAUGUAUGUGUAUGUACCCAUGCACACAUUUAUGGCAGAUGUCUGCUGGUAUAUACUUAUAUGUCUGGGAGGUUACACAGCAGCCUGGCUACUUUGGUUCCCUCUGCAAAGAGUAGAAAUACCUUUUCAUUGUAUACCUUUUAUACCUUUUGAAUUUUGUACCAUGUACAUAUAUUGUCUAUUUGAAAAUAAAUGGUUUGUAAAUUUUGA